CGACAGCUCGCUUUUGGCGGUCUAGGUUAUGGUUACUUUUGGUCUCCACAAUACACCAUGUUUGAGCUGAAAAACGAAUGAUGAGCAAUUGCUGCCUGAGAAGACUGCUGAAGUUUUAAACGUUAUAAAAAGGUGUCUUUAAGUGUAACGGUAAAUCAGUUUGAAGUGUCGUGUCCUGUUGUACACAUAUUAGUGCCGCAUUAAACGCGAAGAAUGGAAUUGUUAUUAUUAAGUUAUUCUUUGAUAACUGCCAUAGGGAUCAGAGUUACAAGAGCACAAGGAUCGAAUCUAGCUGCUGACCACGGUCAAUUAUUUCUCGACCAUUUGGAUCCGAGCGAUCAUGUUUACAUUCUUCACAGCAUUUUAAAAGAAUAUUCGUAUGCUCGAGAGAACUGGACGGUGCCAGAGAGCGAGCAAUAUGAUCAGAAAGUGGUUUCCUUCCUGCAGAAGUACGCGGACAGUACACUGGAUAACGAAGUUCAUCAACAUGAUGUAGCUGGAUCUAGAUUUAGUGUCCGAAUAUUCACGAAUUAUUGUGGUCCAGGAAAUUGGUCUCCUAAUGGUGAAGUUACACAGAAUCCAUACUUUACCAAGAUCGAUCAAUGUUGUAAAUCCCACGAUGAGUGUCCAUCUUAUGUUGUACAACAGAGAAACUACGAAAAUUUUCCUGGCCUUCCAUUUAAACCACAAAUUUUCAGCAGAUUGCGAUGCAGCUGUGAUGUUCAAUUUUUCUCAUGUUUGCGAAAUGUGGGCACGUUUUUCUCAUAUGCGGUAGCAUGGAUAUACAGCAAGGUUCAACUUUUUUGUUUUGAAUACGAAUUUCCAGUAGUGGAGUGCAAACAAUUGAUGAUUGAUGGCUGGUUUUCAUUUCCUCGAUGUGCAGAUUAUUUGGUGAAUAACACUGCUCCUAAGAGCUGGCAGUGGUUUAACAUCCCGUAUUUGAGUGAAAAGCAGCGUAAAUUUCCAAAUAUUACGAACUUAUACGAAGGAAUAUGAACUGAAUUGCUGUUGAAAAGUAAAAUAUACAAAUGCCAUAUACGAUCGAUUAGAAAACAGAUCUUUCAUAAAGAAAUCUUUUGUAGACAGACUUAUAAUUAUUUUUUAAUUUUGCCGAAGAAUUAUUGGAUAAUUAGUUUUGGUCAGUGGUGGGCACCGCUAACCGAAAAUUUAGCAACGCUAAUCGCUAAGCCACUAACCGG